AUGCAUCGACUUUUUGCUGAGCUGCAGCCAUCUGUAACCCUCACCGAGCAAAACCUGGCAGACCGAGUUCGGUAUUUCUUGCGCUCAAAUACAUUUGAUGUCACCGAACUCGAACGGCUACGACGUGAGGCUGUUCCUUCAUCGUAUGAAAAUGCUACGGCUGAGGAUGCGGCGCCACGACUUGCAGAGCAACCGACAAACGUGGAUGCAGCCGUGAAUAAUCCAGUUUUGGUUGAUUCAAACGAUGAUGGAACAGUCGCCCAGGAACUGGAACUGGAUCAAAUGAGGAGUAAAUUGGAUGAGGCGAUUUUGGAAACGCGGAGUACGCUUCUCGAAAAUCGACCGCGACUUCCCCGCAUAACCCUCAGCAAGCGGAAUCGGGCUAUCGUGAGGGGUCUGAACCCAAUGCUGGUGAUCUAUAUGGAAGCCAGCCGGGACCUUUGCGAGACGGACUCAAUUUUCUUUGGCGCCGCACUGGCAGUCUGCCGUAUUAUAGGCGCCAAACUUUCCACGGCUGGACGCACUACUGGACAAAGUAGUGCUAUCCCAGGCUGGAUAACAAGAAUUGAAGAACGUAUCGCAAAGGCCCUCAUCGGCAGACUAAUAUGCUUCAGGUCAGACAAUACCAGGCCAAGAAUUGUGCGCACCGUCAGGAUGGCGUUUGCUGGGGCAAAUGUUAGUUUGUCCCAGACGGAUAUAAUGCAAAAACUGACGGAGUGCAUAGACUACCUGAAGCAGUGA